UUUAGUUUUCUUUAAGUUCUUACAACAUGGAGCGGAGUAUAGGAAAUUAUGUUCAAGAAAGCAAAUACUUUUCAGGUUUAUAAAUAGGAUUCAUCGAAAAGUCACACAGGAACUCAUUCGCUUAAAAUGUCUCUUCAAUGCAGGCACUUGCAGUCAAGGCUAUGUAUCAUGGAGACCAGACCAUCAUUUGAAGUCAGUUGGUGCCAGUGUGCGGUACAAAUUGACUGUGACCAAAACUGCCAAUAUUCUUACUGAUAGUUUGCUGUCCCCAAACAGUGUCCCUUAUCUUGUUAGUCUUCACCCAGCUCGCAAACCCAUGCUCCCUCUUUCCAAAAUAGAUGCUUAUAUAUGUCCAUCUCAGCUAAUACACCCAGCCCCAUCAAUUUCACAUUUAUUGCUAUGGCAACUGUCCACUGGCAUGAUAGACUCCCAGUAUCCAAGUACUCUUCAGGACUUUUACCAGGUUGAGCCAGAUUGCAGUGACUUCUAUCCUAUGGUUGAGGAACCCAAGCUGCAAAUAGUGGUUCCUAAAGAAGCUAGACAUAUUCAGAAGAUAAGAAGGAAAAAAAUGAAACGACAUCUUCUGAAAAAGUUUCGCAAGCGAAUGUAUUUCACCUUGAAGAAACAGCGAGUUGCACGUAAAAAGAAGAAAAUGGCUGUUUUUCAAGCAAGACUUGAUCAGAUUAGAAACUGGGGAGAAUCCUUCUCAGCAGAAGCUUUUGUACAAGAAGAACUAGAGAAAGCCAGGAGAGGAGGCUUUUAUAUCAGUAUCAUGAAUAAAAAAUGAGAUAUUGCAUAUUGCAAUAAAAACAUAUUUGAGUCAUUCACAAUUUGAAGUUGAUUUUGCUGCAGCAGUUAUUAUUAUUAAACAAAUUUCUCUUUGCUGA